UUACGGUCACAUUGCUGUUGAAAGUGUAAAUCUAUGUGUAAAAACACAACAAAACACAAAAAUAAAGCAAAAAUAGAUUAAACUGUUGCUAUAAGUAUGGAUAAAUUAACAACAAUCAGCGCCACAUUGUUUCUGGCUGCCGAUGUGUUUGCCAUUGUUAGUCUGGCGCUGCCGGACUGGAUAAUCACUGAGGAAGCAGGUGACAUACGUUUAGGAUUGAUGUGGACCUGCAUUACGCUCUACAACAGGCCCCAAGUUUGCUAUACACCUGAUCUACAACCAGAAUGGCUCAUAGCACUCGUUUGUAUUUUCAUCGGCUGCAUCUGCAUUACGACAACCGUUAUAUUGCUGGCCUCCAGCACCUGGGAUCGUAAUGUAAUACCCUAUGCCAGAUGGGUGGGCUUUACAGCCAUGGUGCUCUUCUGCAUGGCGGCGGUAGUCUUUCCACUGGGAUUUCACAUUGAAGAGAUUGGUGGUCAGGCCUAUCAAUUGCCAAAUACAUUCAAAAUUGGCAUAUCGUAUAUAAUGUUUGUACUGGCUUUGUGGAUAACUGUAGUGUCUGAAUUAUUUGCAGGCAAAGUAUGCUUACCACAUUUUUAGAUUGUACAUAAUUAGUUUCUAGCUUAAAUUCGUUUUGUUAUUCCUGUGAUUUGUUAUAUGUUUUUUGUUUGUAUAUGUACAAUCUUGUAUAAAUUGUAUAUUCUUUGAACCUGAUGAGAAGCAAAACAAGUGAAUCUCUCUAGACUAUACUGAAUGUAAACUAUGCUUUAGUAUUUAAUAUUUUUUUUAAAUGAGUCCGAUUA